UGUGACGUAGAGCCUGUUCGGCGGACGCUCAUUGGAUAAAAGAGCCGACGUCACUUCCUUCUCUCUCUUCGGCCGCCGCCAUAGUCGGGAAAGGACUGGGGACAAAAUGUCGUCCCACAAGACUUUCAGGAUCAAGCGCUUCCUUGCCAAGAAGCAGAAACAGAACAGGCCCAUUCCUCAGUGGAUCAGAAUGAAGACUGGAAACAAGAUCAGGUACAACUCCAAGAGGAGACACUGGAGGAGGACCAAGCUUGGCCUGUAAACGCGAGGAUCCAUGGAUCCCAGCGUCCCUCCAUCCCAACAUCUGCCAGGACCGCCAGCUGCUGGGCCUGACCCCGAGGAGGGAGCCAUGUUAUCUGGAGCAGCAGUUGUUUUGUACAGAUACCUCUGGUUAUGUUCAUGUUUGACAAUAAAAGAUCUGUGAUCAAACUUGA